AUGUGGAAGAAUACAAAACCGACCCAUAUUGCCUUCCAAGCACACAAUCGACAUGUCCUGACCUGUUUACAAUUCGACGCCGACAAGAUUAUAGUCGGUAGUGACAACGCCAAAAUCAGCGUGUAUGAUACUAAGACCGGAGCGCUUCGAGCAACACUGGAAGGCCACGAGGGUGGUAUAUGGGGACUUGAAUACCAUGGCAAUACUCUGGUCUCUGUGUCGACUGACCGAUCCGUCCGAGUAUGGGACAUUGCAAAAGCCAAGUGCACCCACGUGUUCAAAGGUCACACAUCCACAGUACGGACCGUACAGUUAUUGCUCCCCGUUCAAAUUGGCCAGCAUCCAGACGGUACGCCAGUGAUGAUGCCUGAACAACCUCUAAUAAUUUCGGGGUCCCGUGAUUCAACCAUGCGGGUUUGGAAACUCCCUCAACCUGGCGACGAGGAGUAUUUCCCUCCCGCUCAAAGUGACGAGGAGUGUCCGUAUCUCAUUCAUGUAUUGGCUGGCCAUCAACACUCCGUGCGAGCAACUGCAGCCCAUGGGGAUACCCUGGUUAGCGGUAGCUAUGACAGUACCGUACGAGUUUGGAAAGUAUCCACCGGAGAAUCACUGCACCGGCUAGAAGGUCAUCGAUACAAGGUUUAUAAUGUAUCUUUGGACCAUGAGAGGAACCGCUGUAUUAGUGGAUCAAUGGACAACAUGGUCAAGAUAUGGUCUCUUGAUACAGGUGCGUUGUUAUAUAAUCUUGAAGGCCACUCAUCGUUAGUGGGCUUGCUUGAUUUGAAAGAUGAUCUGCUCGUGUCGGCAGCUGCGGACAGUAUGCUUAAAGUCUGGAACCCUGCGAAUGGCCAUUGCCAGCACACGCUGAGUGGCCAUACUUCAGCGGUCACAAGCUUCCAGCACGAUGGUCAAAAAGUAAUCUCUGGUUCCGAUGGGGAAGUGAAGUUGUGGGAUAUACAGACUGGUGUGUUUGAAAGGGAUCUUCUCACCAACCUUAGCGGUGUCUGGCAAGUCCAGUUUGAUGCCCAGCGUUGCGUUGCAGCAGUUCAACGUGGGAAUCUGAGCUAUAUCGAGAUUCUCGACUUUGGCGCUUCCCCUGACUCCAUACCAACUGGUCGGCUGGGGGAGCGGAUACUAGUCGAUGAGCUAGGUCAUGAGAUCGAAAGCCGGAAGAGACAAAGGCAGAAAUAA